AUGUCGCGCAUCACGCCGCUCCUGCCUCGCCGUCGCCGUUGCAUCGCCUUCUCGACCCUCGCCCAGUAUGCCCAAGGACUCACACCCACUCCCAUAUCUCUCUCCUGCCACUGGAACACGCAGCCGCCGACGCACGCCCAGCUCAAAAAAGCCUCCGAAUUCUUCCGACAUGCCUCGACGGAAUUCCUCUGGUCCAAGGAGAACUUCAAGGACAUGCCCUUUGGCGACAGUUUCGGCGAGAGCCCCGAGGUCUGCUUUCUCGGCCGCUCAAACGUCGGCAAAUCAAGUCUCCUCAACUCGCUCCUCUGUCGCCGUAUCGCCUUUACGAGUUCGAAGCCCGGGCGCACAAAACUCAUGAGCGCCUUCGCCGUCAAUCCCAAGCCCGAUGAGGGUACCGAGCGUCUCAUUGUUAUGGACUUGCCGGGCUAUGGAAAGGGCGGGCGCGCGGAAUGGGGCCAACAAAUUAUCAAGUAUUUGGAGAAGAGACGUCAGCUCAAGCGGGCCUUUCUCCUAGUUGAUGCCGAGCACGGCCUCAAGAACAGCGACCGUCAGAUGCUCAACGUCUUCAGAGAUGUCAACGUGCCCUUCCAGGUCAUCCUAUCCAAAGCCGAUAAACUCAUGGCACCAAGGGAUCGCGAAGGCUGUCUCGACUCGCAGCGCCUUGGCCAAGUCAUCACCGAUGUCAAGCAAGCCCUCUGCCGUGACGGUCUCAACGAAGGCUCAGCCGUUGGAGAAAUCAUCGCCUGCAGCUCCGAGAAGUGGAUGCACGGCCGACGUCUAGGCAUCAACGAGGUCCGCUUCGCCGCUCUAAGGGCGGCCGGUCUCGAUUAUCGCGAAGACAAGCGACGCCCCCAUCCUUCCGAAAUCGUCACUUACGAUCAAUUGUUUCCCGUCGCCGCCGUCGCCCAAGAUAGAAACUUCAGCGCCACGCACAACCCUCGCCCGGUGAAAUGA